AUGGGCCCCUGUACCGCCUCCUCAUGCUGCUGCCAGGCCCCUAAUCUGCCAUGGGCCCCUGUACCGCCUCCUCAUGCUGCUGCCAGGUCCAGAGUGUCUCUCAUGGGUCCCUGUACGGCCUCCCAUUGCUGCUGCUCUCCAUCGCCACACUCUGCCAUGUGCCACUUUCAGGUCUCCUCACACUGCUGGUGUGUUUCAAUUUUUUGACAUAGGGUGCUGGCAGAUUACGGGCCUCCCAUAGCUGCUGCCAGGCCCCUAAUCUGCCAUGGGCCCCUGUACCGCCUCCUCAUGCUGCUGCCAGGUCCACAGUCCCUGUACGGCCUCAUGCCAUGUGCCACUUUCAGGUCUCCUCACACUGCUGGUGUGUUCAUUUUUUGUCAUAGGGUGCUGGCAGAUUACGGGCCUCCCAUAGCUGCUGCCAG